AUGGAUGAUAUUGAAAAUGUUAUAGAACAGGAAACAAAAAUUAAUAAUGUUGAACCAGAUAUUGCUGAAGAAAUACAUGAAGAAAGAAUUGAGAAAGAAAAUCAAGAUGAAGAUAUAUUAUUAAAAGAAAAUCUUACAAAUGAAACAAUAACUAAUGUUCAUACAUUUCUCUUUGAUAUUUUAGUAUUUUUUUCUAAUUUUCAAUCAAGUCUAAUUGUUGAAUAUUGUCAAGAAACACAAAAUUGGAACUCUAUUCAAGAACGAUUUCAUUUUAGUAAACGAUCAAGUAUAAGUAAAUAUCUUUCAAAAUCUUUCAUGUGCAACAAAAAAAAAAGCCUACUUAUUUGUAUAGUUCUACCACAGUUAAAUCAAUCAAUAAAAACUGAUGAAUCUUAUAUUGGAAUCGGAAUAGAUAAAUCAUUUGAAGAUGGUGGUAUAAUUUUUAUAAAACCAAAUACAAUAAAAUUAACAGAUAGAAAAUUUUAA